AGUUCUGGCGGCAGCCGUUUUUCUAGUAGAGGCUAUAUAAACAUUGUGAGAGUGAAUAUUGUGAAUAUUGUGAAUAUUUAAUAUAUAAUUGGAUAAAAGAUAACAAAAAAGCUGCCAAAAUGAAUUUAGAACUGUUAGAAUCGUUUGGUCAAAACUAUCCGGAGGAAUUUGAUGGUACAUUAGAUUGCAUAUCCCUUGCUGUAACUUGUACAUUUAAUAAAAGAGGUACUCUACUUGCUGUUGGGUGCAACGAUGGCAGAAUCGUAAUUUGGGAUUUUCUCACCCGUGGUAUAGCUAAGAUUAUUAGUGCUCAUGUGCAUCCUGUAUGCUCAUUGAGUUGGUCUCGAAAUGGUCAUAAACUGUUGAGUGCUUCUACAGAUAAUAACGUGUGUAUAUGGGAUGUUCUAUCUGGAGAAUGCGAUCAAAAAUACAGAUUUCCUUCGCCAAUAUUGAAAGUGCAGUUUCAUCCAAGAAAUCUGAAUAAAUUUUUGGUAUGCCCAAUGCGCCAUGCCGCUGUUAUGGUGGAUGUUGAAGGAACGCACAAGGUUAUUCCACUUGACGAAGAUAGUGAUUUAAAUAUAGUAGCAUCGUUUGAUCGACGCGGAGAUUAUGUAUAUACCGGGAAUGCUCGUGGCAGAGUUUUAGUUCUCGAUGCUGAAACGUUAAUUGUAAAGGCUUCUUAUAAGAUAUCGCAAGGCACUGCUAGCAAUACGGCGGUAAAAAGUAUAGAAUUUGCACGGCGUGGUUCUUGUUUCUUAGUUAACACAUCCGAUAGAGUGAUUCGCGUAUACGACAGUACUGAGAUAUUAACGUGUGGUAAGAACGGUGAGCCCGAGCCUAUUCAAAAGUUGCAAGAUCUUGUAAAUAAAACAAUGUGGAAGAAAUGCUGCUUCUCGGGCGAUGGAGAAUACGUGUGCGCCGGGUCAGCGAGACAACAUGCGUUGUAUGUGUGGGAGAAAAGCAUUGGCAAUUUGGUGAAAAUAUUACACGGAACUAAAGGCGAGCUGCUACUCGAUGUUGUGUGGCAUCCAGUGAGACCAAUAAUUGCCUCGAUAUCGUCAGGUGUAGUUUCUAUUUGGGCACAAAAUCAAGUAGAGAAUUGGUCUGCGUUUGCGCCAGAUUUUAAAGAGUUAGACGAAAAUGUUGAGUACGAGGAACGAGAAAGUGAAUUUGACUUGAGCGAUGAAGACAAGUCUGUAGUACAGGGAGAGGAAGCGCAGGAUGAAGAAAUAGAAGUGGAUGUUGCAUCGAUCGAUCGAGUUGCUGCAUUUUGCAGCUCUGACGAAGAAACUGAAGAUAUUGGUUCUCUCCAAUUUUUACCUAUAUCUCCCGAUGUGGAAGAUUCUGAAGAUAAUCAGGUGACGCCGCACGAACCACCGAUGAAGAAACAUCGUUCCCAUGAUAUAAAUUUGCAAGGCGCACCGACUGAUGAAACUCAUCCCCUACUGAAUAAAGGAAAAGAUAAACCAACCACUAAAAAGGGAAGACCGAGGCUAGAACAUAGAAAAGGAAAAUAAUUUAACAUGUAAGAUAUUGUGUAAUUCUUUUACAUGAUUAUCUAAAAGAAUGUUUUCUUAUAAUUAUACAGUUUUUAUAUCUUAUAUCAAUAUUUUCUUCCUCCUUUUUUUUUCUCUUAUCGUAAAUUCCUUAAUUUUAAAGGUGUAAUAUGUUAAACGUAUUUUAGAACUCAAACUUGUAUUUGUCUUUAACACCUGUUCCCUGCCGCGUUUACUAUUUUCGAUACAACAUUACUGAAACUCAUUUUCAGGCCAAGUGAUAUUUUUAUCAUUGGUAAAUAAAGUGCAACAAAAUAUA